AGACAGACAGACAGACACACACACACACACACACACACACACCACUUAGAAUCCAAACCAGACCUUCUCAGGUCAGACCUAUCUGUCUCACUCCACCCUCAUACUGUGUACAGGGAAGCCCAGUCCACCAGACUCCAAGGUAUCAGGGACUAUCGGCAGCAUAUCCCAUAUGAGGGGUACCCAGUAGCUAAAUGAGGUCCUUCCUCCACUUCCUACACAUAUUCAAAGUCACUCAUUCCUUCCCCAAAACAUAAGGCACCCCUUACACUGAACUUUCCAGGAAUCGGAGAGCCCGACAAGGGCAUGCACUAUGGACUGCUCAAACAUCGUGUGGCAUGGAGCCUCCUUCUUCUCCUGAACCUCUUCAAAGGAGCCCUCUGCUCUGCCUUGUGGGUCUGAGCUCUCCUAUAGCCUCCACUACGCUGUCUCUCCACCAUUCUAAGAAUUCUCCUAAUAAAUCUUUCACUCAGAAGGACACACACACACAAAGUGAAGAAGAUGGUGACAGACUUGGAGCUUGAGGUCAUUGAACUUCCACAUUCCUUGCACAGCAAGGUGACCGAAAUAGACACCUUCCUUUUUUUGUUUGUUUGUUUAUGUGAUUUUUUUCUAAAUUCUUUGGAAAGUCUCUCUAUGAAGCUGAGGCUGCCCUGGAACUCGCUACUAUAACACAAGUUCGUCUGCAACUCAAACUCUCCUUAUCUCCUUACCUCUGUCUCUCAACUGAUUAGAUUCUGCAUGUGUCCCCAUGGCCCAGUUCACACACAGCUUCUAACCAGGUGCCCACCUGACGUUAACCCUCAGCCUUGCCUUGUCAGGGAGGUCUAACUCCAGACCGGCCCACCCAAAGGUCCUCGGCAAAUGGCAUUUUCAAGGACAGGCCGCCUGUGCUCUGAUUACCCUGUGUCCACACACUGCAUCCAGCCAUUACAGCAUCCUACUUUGAGGAACCUUUCCUUGAUGCCCAAUCGCAACGAACCCUGCUGUGCCUAGCCUCAGUUCCCCCCCAAGAGCAAGAGCAUGAGAGGAUUGACUCUGGGGUCCAGGGAAACACUGCCUGGGCUGGAGCUCUGGCUCAUUUAUAGAGAAGGUUCCAGACGCUCCCUUCCUGAUCUUCCUGUGCCACCCUGAGACCUGCUCCUAUUUGUUCUUGUGAACUCACAUAAAGAAAGCAGGACAGACCGACAGCCCCCACCAGUCUCUAAAGACAGAGGUAGAAAUCAGCCAGAGACUUGCGUGGUUUCUCCCCGGGCUCUGCCUAGAGGCGUAGGACUUAGAGAGAAGCAAACAGGAGGGACAGCUUCUGGCUUUCACUCGAAACCUCCAGUUCAUUAAACAGCAGCAGGAAUGUGAACGGCACCCACACUUAUAACUCUUCUGGGCAACUCAGUCUUUUCCGGGAAGGAGAAAGUGAAAGCUACAAUUGCCAAUAGAGGAUCGCAUGACUGGUCACCUGGAGGGGUGACAGACAGGGCUCUUUGUGACCACGGGGUUACAUUGCGCAAACCUCUGGGCAACAGGGAGCCUGCAAGUAGGCAGAAGUUGUGUUCAGGGCGCUGGAAAGGGUCUGGGUGAGCCUCCUCAUUCCUUCUCACCCAGCCUGUCUCCCUCCACAGUGAGUAUGAAGCAGGCUCAGUUCUGCUUGCAUACACACCCCUGCUCCUCUUUACUCAGCUGUGCGGUGAGAACUCGCCAGUGGGUACAGAAAAGCGGCAAAGGAGAUGACAGAGCUGCCCUGACCCUCUGAAAGCAGCAUGGCUCCUCUCGCCUCCUCCCUUUGUCACUGGGCCUGUUACCCGUUGCCAGAAAACACGUCUGUUUUUCUUCAAGACAAUAGCACAUGAGGGUCAGUGUUUCUAGGCUGGGGUCAAAGUCUCCAAUGCCUGCUUUUGCUCAGGUGUGCAAUUCUAAUAAACUAACUCUUGGGUUGUAGGAAAAUGAAAUCUGGGCCCUUCCAGCUCAGACCCUCUUCUCACUCAAACACUGCAAGGACCAGAACCUGAUUCCCCACUCCCUGGGGAUAAUUGAGUGAGCCAGCAAACAGGGAAAACAAUCACACAGAACAAGGUUGCUGCCCGUGUCUCCAAGCACCUGAGGGGUCAGUGUUUCUGAGUCUGAAGGUUAACAUUGCCCAGUUAGUGUCUAUGUAAAGAAGUAGCAGGUCCAGGCACAGGAUACUCUGACCCUGGGCUGACUGUUAAGGUCCCUAAGCAGAUUUGGCAAGCCAUCCCCCUGUCCCAUCCCCAUUCCCAUUCCCACAUUUGUUGAACUCAGAUAAGCACAGCCCCCUCUCUGAAAACUACUAUGUAGCCUGCCCAGCCUUCUCCUUUAAACCAGCUGUUUCCAGGAAUCUGAAACUGAAACCUACUCUCACCGGAAUCCCCUCCCUGUCCUGUCUUGGCAUCAACACUCAGAUCUAGCGAGUGCAGGACAAAAAGCAAGGUCUGCAAAGGCGAUCCACGCAGUCAGCCAGCUCCUGCUCUUCCUAGCUGGUCUCUCGGAAGGACUCCAGACCUCUGCAUCUCGAAUAUCCCGGGUCUGGAUUUCAGGUCCCGAUCUCUCCAUAGAGAACCUCUGCAGGAGGACAAACGUUUUCUAAGAAGGAGUAGCACUCCAGGGAGGCUCGAACAUCUGGAUCCCACAUACUCCCUCCUCUGGAGCCUGGCUUAAGGACUAUUAAGUGAGAUAAGGCAUUCGAAGGACCCAACACAGACUCACAGACAAAGGACCUACUUGCUGUGUGGUUAAAGUCGAAGAGUGGAGGAAGAACCCGAGGACCGGCUUCCUCGGAGACCCUAAUAAAACCAGAGAGCCUCACCAAGAGACCGAGAGGUGUGCAGAGAGCAUCACCCGGAGCUUGUCAUGAACCCAUCACACAAACCCUGGGAGGUUGAGCCGCUACUCCCCAACAUGGCAGAGACUCCUUAUGCUCCGCUGAAGUCGUCCUUCCCGUUUGCCACGUCGUAUCAGACAGGGGACAGCACUUUACAUGAACUCAAUAGGACCGUUGAAAGGGCCUUGAAAGAAGGGAAAUUGCUGGACGUGGUACAUGGGAUCAAGCAGACCGUGGAAACAUUGUCCCAAACGCCAGUGAACAUCACCGUGACUGGGAACUCGGGCAAUGGCAUGUCUUCUUUCAUCAAUGCACUCCGAAUCAUUGGCCAUGAGGAAGAUGACUCAGCUCCCAGUGGGGUGGUGAGGACCACCCAGACACGGGCUAAGUACUCCUCAUCCCACUUCCCCAAUGCGAUACUGUGGGACCUGCCUGGCCUGGGGGCCACAGCCCAAACCAUAGAUAGCUAUAGGGAAGAGAUGGAAUUCAGCAUGUAUGAUUUAUUCAUCAUCAUCGCCUCUGAGCAGUUCAGUUCGAACCACGUAAAUCUUGCCAAAGUCAUCCAGGGGAUGGGAAAGAGGUUCUAUAUUGUCUGGACCAAGCUGGACAGGGACCUCAGGCCACAUGCCCAUUCAGAGACCCCACUCGUGCAGACUAUCCGGGAGAAUAUUCAGAAGGAACUCCAGAAGGAGAGAGUGAAUGAACCACCCAUAUUCCUGGUAUCCAGUCUAGACCCUUUACUAUAUGACUUCCCAAGGCUUAGAGACACACUGCAUAAAGACCUCUCCAACAUCAGAUGCUGUGGGCCCUUAAGCACUCUGUCGAGCGCCUUUGAGAAGACCAUUGAUGAUAGAGCGGCCUCCCUGAGGAAGAGAAUAGAUGAGGGAUGUUCGGAGUGCCCUCUUAGCAUCAGGGAUAAUGAAGAUGUGAGAGAAUGUCUGAGAACAUACCGACUCAAAUUUGGUGUCGACGAUGAAUCGCUUCAGCAGGUAGCCCAGAGUAUGGGGACAGUAGUCCAAGUGUACAAGGCCGACAUGAAGUCCCAAACCCUGCACACCCUCCGCAGAGGGGACUGGAGACUGAGACUGAUGACCUGUGGGUUUGUGAAUGGAUUCUUCCGCAUUCUUAAAAAUCUCCCGGGUUUUCGUCGCUGUGUCCCCUGUUUCGGACGCAUGAGACACAAACGUGUACUUCUGUCAGUUGCCCAGGACACCAAGACCAUCCUGAAGAAAAUCAUGAAAGACUCCAUCAGCCCUUCUCAAAUCUAACGUAGGGAGUGGUCUGACACCCUUCUCCCACGGAACCAGACUGCCUUGGGUAGCACCUAGGACCCACUAGAAAUCAAGAGAUAGAAUGUUGCAAGGAAUCGCUUAUCCGUCCCAGCCACCCAGAACCGAAAUAAUCACACAGAAACUGUAUUAAUUAAAUUACUGCUUGGCCCACUAGCUCUAGCUUCUUAUUGGCUAACUCUUACAUCUUAAUUUAACCCAUUUCUGUUAAUCUGCAUAUCGCCAUGUGGCAGUGGCUUACCAGCAAAGAUUCAAGACGUCUACCUCCAGCUGUGGAUCCAUGGCGUCUCCCUGACUUCGCCUUUCUUCCUCCCAGCAUUCAGUUCCAUCUUCCCCACCUACCUAAGUUCUGUCCUAUCAACAAGCCAAGGCAGUUUCUUUAUUCAUUAAUGUUAAUAACAGCACACAGAGGAGACUCCCACAUCAAUAGAACAACAUUUUCUAUAAGAGUUUUAGAUCCUUUGAGAGGAGUUCAAAAAUCACUCAUCUCCUUUGUCUCAAUUCUAAUGCAUUGUUCCACUGAGGAACAGGAACAAAUUGUUUAAAAAAAAAAAUUAUCGACCAUGGUUCUUAGGUUUGGAAUUUAGAAAAUUUGUUUUCACUCGUCCAGUGUGAUGUGUGUCUGAAUCAACUUUCCUCUAAAACAGUAAAAUCAGUUGCUUUUCA